GUGUAAACUUUGACAUGUGACCUACUUCACAUUGGGCCAAUGUGGAAGUAGUCGAAAUCAGGCACGAACCACAGCUUCUUUGUUUAAUUGCGAUUUCCUCAAAUGUGCGUGUAUGUCGAGUUAAUGUCAUCAAUGAUUGUCACCAUGAAAACAAACUUCUGCUGACCCAUGUAGUCCGAAACGAGGAAGAAUGUUGGCAGCGGGCAAACGUGUAAAAGGUACUGCACAUCGGGUUUGUCAUUAACUAGUAUGUCCACUCUGUGGCACAUCCUAGCAUCAAAACAAAACAGACUCAGACUGAACAAUAGCCAUAAAACAUCCAUCUUUGUUAGCUUUAGAACAAGACUGAGGUGAUACUGUCCAAGCUUGACACUUUUGCAGUAUGGGAACAUUCCUGUAGCAUUUUGGAUCUGGAAAAGGUACAAAUACUCACAUUGGAGUCCAAUAGUUAGGACUAUGUCGUACAUUUGUACAGAUUGGACACAAAAGGACUAAAGAAACUGGUACUGUAUGUCUAUUUGUGAGAGUAAGCGAUGUGGUCUUGUGUGGUCAGCCAUCAACACAUACGAAUCUUGACCCUGGCCGAUCAUUAGCCGCUGACGGCCAUAAAAACGACACACCUGCCACUACCACGGGCGAAAGGUUCAGCCAUAAACCAGGUCUUUAUUUGAGAAGCAGCUCCCACACGCCCAGGUGGUAAACCAGGCCAGAAGCCUCUGAUUGGAUGACUGAUGUCAUCUCCAGGGAGGGUCGGAUAGCAAUAAAAACUACGUCCAGAUAAGGAUUGUCGUCUUAGAGUCAAAAUCAGAGUGGACACGUAGCAGAGACCAGGAAGAACUUGACCAGGGAGACCUUCAGCAAGAACGGACAUUUGUGGCAGAGGAAGUUCUCCAGGUUAAAGCAUCAGGAUCUUUGGUGUCAACGAGGAGCUGAAGUGUCAAAGUGUGUGAUCCCCCUCGUGUGCGCCAUGUCGUCUUUCGGAUUGGAACUGGCUGGCGUCUCUGUGGCAGUUGUGGGAUGGAUUUUGAGCGUGGUCAGCUGUGCGCUGCCCAUGUGGAGGGUGUCGGCCUUCAUCGGCGCCAACAUCGUGACGGCGCAGGUGUACUGGGAGGGUCUGUGGAUGAGCUGCGUGUUCCAGAGUACGGGACAGAUGCAGUGUAAGGUUUACGACUCCAUGCUGGCGCUGCCUCAGGACCUGCAGGCGGCUCGCGCCCUCACUGUGGUCUCCAUCAUUGUGGGGGUGCUGGCCCUCCUCAUCUCCUUGGUGGGGGCCAAGUGCACCAACUGCAUCGAAGACGAGGGUGUCAAAGCCCGAGUGAUGAUUUCCUCCGGCGCCGGAUUCAUCACGGCGGCUCUGACGCAGCUGGUGCCCGUGUCGUGGUCGGCCAACACCAUCGUGGUGGAGUUCUACAGUCCCAUUAUCCCGUCGGGCCAGAAGAUGGAGAUUGGGGCGGCCCUCGCCACCAUGUCGAUGGGCAUGGAGCUUAUAGGUAUCUCGCUGGGCGUGCUGGGCUUCCUGAUGGCCAUCGUGACAUGCGCCCUUCCCAUGUGGAAGGUGACGGCGUUCAUCGGCGCCAACAUCAUCACAGCUCAGACCAUCUGGGAAGGUCUGUGGAUGAACUGCGUGACGCAGAGCACGGGCCAAAUGCAGUGUAAGGUCUACGACUCGCUGCUGGCGCUGUCCCAGGAGCUUCAGGCCUCCAGAGCCAUGAUGAUCAUCGCCAUCAUCCUGGGCGUGAUCGGGGUCCUCAUUUCCAUCAUGGGCGCCAAGUGCACUAACUGCAUCGAGGAGGAGGGUGCCAAGGCCAAAGUCAUGAUUGUCUCCGGAGUCUUCUUCGCCGUAGCGGGCCUCCUGGUCCUCAUCCCGGUCUCCUGGACGGCCAGCGUCAUUGUGCGAGACUUCUACAAUCCCAUCUUGACCAACGCACAGAGGCGGGAGCUGGGCGCCGCCCUCUACAUCGGCUGGGGUGCCGCCGCACUGCUGCUGAUUGGCGGCGCCAUCUUGUGUAGCAGCUGCCCCCCCAAAGACAAACGCUACAAGCCACCCAGGAUGGCCUACUCCGCUCCCCGCAGCACCAACGGCCCUGCCGCUGGAUACGACCGCAAGGACUACGUCUGAAGCUGGAUCUGUGUGUGUGUGUGUGUGUGUGUGUGUACACUUGUCUUUGUAUUCUUCAAUCUUUUCUCCUUUAAUGUAGACAUGUCUUUUCGUGGGGACACUUUUUUUGCCCUGUGUGUGUACGUGUGUGUGUGCGUGCGCGCAUGUGUGUGUGUGAAGGUCUCACUCACAAAGACUCCGACAUGAAGUGAUGUAAAAUGUUUCUCCUUUUCUUUAAUCGUCAUUAUCUUUCUCGCAUGUGUGUGUGUGAUGUAUAGAAAAUACACUGUGUGUGUGUGUGUGUGUGUGUUUGGUGUUGUGUUUCACUGAAACUUUGGUUGCAAACGUGAAUGAGGAGGAAGAAGAGCAUGCUCUCAUUUUACAUGGAUUUGCUUGCGUGUGUGUGUGUGCACACUAUUUGCUUAGAGCGUUCCUGCUGAGACUGAAACUGAAAACGUAUCAGUGAUGCUUCAGGCCACUCACAGUUUCACUGUGGGAGGAACCGGCAGUUUUGUUUAUUUUGUACAUUUUGAAGUGACUAUAUUAUAUUCUCUAAUUGGCAUUAUUAUUGUUUGUGAAUGUGUUUGUGGUGUUGUAUCAUCAGCCUGUGAAUGAUUGAAUUGGAGUGUUUAUUUCCUGUGUAACGUGUUUGUGUGUGUGUUUGUAUUUUACAUACCUGGUCACGUAAAUACUUAGAACAUGAAACUAUUUUCCAAUGUGUUAGUAAAUUAUUGUGUGUCGUCCAUUUCAAUAAAAGUUGUGUGGAUAAACUUC